AUGUCUCAUAACCCUUCAGCUGCGCAAGGGGCGAAAUCCGACUGGACUUUCAAUCUACGCGACCGGAACCUAUUUGCCGAUUCUGACGACAGCGACGCUGAGGGCUCGGAAUCCUUCUCCUCGGCGACAAAGCAGACUGAAGACGCUCGGCUGCUCAAAGAGAUCGACCUCGGUGCUCGAGAAGAUAAGGCUCAGUACAAGGCUAAUCCCUGGAGUAUAGCGAAGAUUAAUGCAGCGUCUCGAGCUGGUCGUCCGAGUCCUCGCGUAUCAACUGGUACUAAGCCGUCCGAGACGACGAAGGGGGGGCCGAAAGGGCGGAUCGUGGACGGUUUCAAGAGGCAGGCUGAGCGUGCAAGAUUUAACAAACCCAAGAAUCCCAUCUGUCCUUCUGAUUCUUGUCUGCCCUUCCUAUCUGUGAAACGUGGCCGUUCUGUUGCUGGUCCAAGUCACGAAAAGCAAGCAGAUAUUCUAUCUCAUAACCCAACUGUACCUGUCUACACUUCGGCUGUUGUGGAGCCUACCUCUCGCCUUGGAUGGGCAUGCGAUCCCGGCUAG